AGUCUGGCAUCCAGCUGGACCAGGGUCUGUACGUGAGUCGGAUCUGCCCCGGCGGUGUGGUGGCCAAGUAUGGCAUGCUGCCCUGUGUGGGAGACAGGAUCGUCAAUAUCAACAACAUCCCUGGCGACAGUCUGAGCGCCAGAGAGGCCAUGCGGAUCCUGGAGACGUCGAGCGAGUCUGUGGUGCUGGACGUGUGGCGACAGAGCUCCCCGCUCAACUCGGCUGGCUCCUCCCCGACCCCGACCUCCACGGGGGUCAACUCCCCGCUCCCCGAGGCCAUCUCCGCGUCCAGCCCCAAGAGCAAGUCGGACACGCUGGCCGUGCGCAGUAGUUCCUGGGACUGCGCGGGGGAGGGGGGGCGCGGGGCAGGGAGCAGCAAAAACCUGCGCAGCAGCGGGUCGCAGACGGACAGCCUGGACAGCCCCGGGCCCAGCCCACGCAAAGCUCUACGCAACACGGAGCAGGAGAAAGUGAGGCACAGCGUACCCAUGCUGGACAAGGCUAAGGAGAAAGUGGAGAAGAUUCUACGCUCGCGACACCGCAGCCAGGAGAGAGAGAAGGAGGCGGAGGAGAAGAAAGACAAACACGACGGCGGGGUGGAGGAGUCAGGCGGCCAGCUCCCGCCGCGGGGGGUAGGGUCGGGGUUCGAACCGGGGGUCAACAGCAGCAACAGUGGUGGCAGCAAGUCUCAGCACAAGCCGGUGGAAGACUGCAGCACCCAGGUGAACCUGCCCAGCACGGAGAACGUCAUCGCAGAGUUCCCCAACAACACCGUCUACGCCCAGGUGGGGGGAGCUUCCAACCCCAGCCCCCACGGCCAGCCCCUCGCGCCACCGCCGCCCGACCUCCUGUCUAGGGUGCCGAAAUCUCCGCGGAAACGAGAGCUGGAGCUGGACAGUAACAGUGGCACCUGGCCCAAGAGCCGAGGUCAAGGUCAGAGCUCGUCGGGCCCGCCCACCGUGGUGUUCCCGCCGGGCCACAAGCCGUUCAAGGACAGACCCAGCAUCCGCGACGUGUUCUACGCCAGCCCCGACGUGCUGGGGGGCGGGGCCUCUCUGUACGAGCAGCGAACAGUCUCCACGGGGCCCACCAUCCACCACAGCUCGCAGAACUCUGACUCCAGC